AGCGGAAAGAGAAACCGGAAACAGUUACAACACAUGUUUAUGUUUCACUUUUCCUUGUGUGCCCAUCAAUAUUAUUAGAUUAGAUGCACAAACUUUAUUGAUUUCAAAAUAUUAACAAUAUCCAUGCUGUAUAGGAAAUAAUGGGUGUAACAAAACAGUAUUUAAGAGUUGCGCCAGGUCCUGUGUUUGGCCUAGUAGCAAGUCAGAAGAGUAACCUGGUCAUUUUAGCUGGCGAGAAAAAUACUCUGUGUGCUGUUGGGGCCUGUGAAAAUGUCUACCUCUGGGACCUAACUACUAAACAAAAGGUUUCUACACUAACUGGUGACAAGCACGAGGUGACAUGGUUGGUGAAGAGCCCCAUAGCCAACCACAUGGCAGUCGGCUACAUGGAUGGCACCAUCAAGAUUUUCAACCUUGAUACCUGCCAAUGUGAGGUCACCUUUCAAGGCCAUAAAGCCUCUGUGACCUCUAUGACGUAUGACUAUUCAGGCAUGAAAUUAGCCUCAGGUUCAAAGGAUACAGAUGUUAUUGUCUGGGAUGUUGUCAGUGAAUCUGGGCUUUACAGACUAAAGGGACAUAAGAUGGAGAUAACUCAGGUGUCAUUUCUCAAAAACAGAGAAAUACUUGUUACAAGUUCUAAAGAUACUUUCAUCAAAUUCUGGGACUUGAGAACCCAGCAUUGUUUCUACACUGUGGUAGGCCACACAACUGAAGUGUAUGGCUUCCUCCUACUGCGGGAUGAGACACGCCUGGUCUCCGGCUCGGCUGACAGUGAGUUGAGGAUCUGGGAUAUACACUAUCUGGACUCUGAGCAAGAAGAUGAAAAUGAACCAACAGCUAAAAGGCAAAGAAUGGAAGUUGAUGAUGCUGGUAGUGAUGAGGACAAUGAUGAAGAAAAGACAGAAAAAGAAGCAAUGAGGAUACUGGUGUGCAAGAAGGUGGGGUCAGUGAUGAGGCAAGGCAGAACAAGACUGGUCACUCUGUGUGUGGACCCUCAAGAAAAAUUGCUUUUAUGUCAUGGUACUGAUAAAAAUUUGGAAGUCUUUGAGUUGCCAUCUAAAGAUGAUUUACUUAAACUCAAGGCAAAAAAGAUCAAGAAACUACGCAAGAAGCAUCUGGAAUCGGGACAAGAAGUGGAUACAACCAAUGUUACUUUAAAACUUGAGGAUGAAAUCAAGUUCGUCGAGACUUUUCGUUUCUCAUCCAAACUUUGUUCUGUACACUGUACCAUUGAAAAAAAUAAUCACAGGUUUUGCGUCUUAUUUUCUAACAACAAGAUAGAGACUGGAGUUUUCUCCUUACAAAAACAUGAAGUAGAGAUGAGCUCUGUCACACCAUUGGCUCAGGCUGGACAUCGCUCAGAUGUGAGGACAUUGGCCUUCAGCACAGACAACAUCUCCAUAUUGUCAGCCAGCGCUGAGGAGGUCAAGAUUUGGAACAGGGACUCGCUGCGGUGCGUGCACACUCUGCCUUGUGAAUAUGCCCUUUGCUCUCUGUUUGUCAGUGGAGACAGACAUGCUGUCAUUGGCACAAAGAGUGGAAAACUGUUCCUGUUUGAUAUCAAUCAAGGGGCGCUACUGGAGUCUAUAGAGGCUCACAGUGGAGCUCUCUGGUCUAUCACAGCUAUGCCAGAUAAGAGAGGCCUUAUAUCUGGAGGAGCUGAUCAUGAAGUCAAGUUCUGGAACUAUGAGUUGGUCUCUAAGAACAAGGACAACGUGCAGCAGAAACUUUUAACAUUGGAACAUACAAGAACAUUAAAAAUGGAUGAAGAUGUUUUGUGUGUGAAAGUCACCCCAGAUUACAAAAUGUUGGCUGUUUCAUUAUUAGACAGUACUGUCAAAGUGUUUUUUAUAGACACCCUUAAGUUCUUCCUCUCACUGUAUGGCCACAAGUUACCUGUUGUCUGCAUGGACAUCUCAUCAGACAGUACGCUGAUUGUGACGGGAUCAGCUGACCGUAACAUCAAGAUCUGGGGUUUGGACUUUGGUGAUUGUCACAAGUCACUGUUUGCUCAUGAUGACAGUGUCACGUGCAUACAGUUUGUCCCUAAAACCCAUCUUUUCUUUUCUGCUGGCAAAGAUAGAAAGGUCAAACAGUGGGACGCUGAUAAUUUUGAAAAUGUUUUGACACUGGAGGGUCACCAUGGUGAAGUGCGGUGUCUUGCAGUCAGCCCCAGUGGCAACACAACAGUGACCGCCUCCCAGGACAGGUCGAUCAGACUGUGGGAAAAGACAGAGGAGCCUCUGGUGCUGGAGGAGGAGAGGGAGAUGGAGAGAGAGAAGGAGGAAGCAGAGACACUCUUACAGAAUGGAGAGGAAGUGGUACCAGGGGAGACAACAGAGGAAGUGAAAAUGGCAGGGAAAAAAUCAAUAGAAACAAUAAAAGGGACAGAGAGAAUAAUGGAGGCAAUAGAUAUAUAUGAAACCCAAGUGGAAGCUAUUGAAACAGCACUAAGUAAAAAGGCUAAUCCACCUGCCCCACAUCCCAUGAUGGCAGCCUACCAAUGCACAUCACCAGCUGAUUUUGUUCUCGAAACAAUUCGAAGAAUUAGAGCCAGUGAACUUCUUGGUGCUCUGCUGUCCCUACCAUUUAGUUAUGUCAGCAAAGUUUUGCCAGUCCUGGAUCUCUGUCUAACAAAACAACUGGAGACAGAACUUGUCUGCAAGUGUCUCAACUUUUUACUUAAGAUUCACCAUGGUGAGAUCACAUCCAACCCGAGUCACUCUCCAGUGAUAGAAAAACUAAAAGAACACUGUGUGGGGGCUGUUCACCACCAGAGGGAUUUAACAGCCUUUAAUGCUGCAGGCUUGUCGUUUCUAAGAAAACAAGUGGAGGAAUCUAAAAGUGUCUUGAUGUUUGCUGAUGCUACAGCCAGCAGGAAGAAAAAGAAAAAGCGGGCUGUAUUAGUUGUUAAAUAAAUUUUUUUACCAC